AUGUACAACCUUAAUCGUCAGCAGCGCUGCACACAAGCCUGGUUCCCCACAGUUCCUGCUAAAGUUGUCUCGUGCACCGCGCUAGGCAAGCACCUAUCCUCGGAUGCCCGGUUCUGCCUGGCAGGGACCACCCGGUGGACACCGACGGGGGCCGCUCCGGUGUACAAAGUGUCAGCGUCAGGUCGCGCCACGCGAUUCCUAUGCAGGCGGGGUCCGGAGAGCCGCACGCUGAUUGGAGCCCGAGCCGGGGCUUUUCUCGGAUUCACGGUGACCCCGUCCCUCGGAGCCAAGGGGCCGGCGGGGAAAAGUCUCCGCCACCGCGCUCGGCCGCGCGCCCUGCAGCCGCGGCGCCCGCACCCGCGCGCUCCCCCACGCGCGCCGUCGGCCUCCGGGGGCCGCCCACUCGGACGCGCGUGGGGGGGGGGGCGCGCGGGCAUCGGCGGCUGCGCGGCGGCUUCCCACCCCCCCCUCGGAGGCGUAGCGAGCGGACCAGCUCCCCGGAGGCUGUGUCGGUGCGGGGCGCGUCGCCCCCUUCAGGCCACCAGAGCCCGGAUACCUCAGACAUUCGGCUCUGGGUCUGUGGGGAGCGAAAUGCAACCCAAAAGCCCGUGGCCCCGAGGCCCCGCGCAGAUAAACACGCACAAGCACGCACACAGACGCAGCCGCGGGUCCCGGCGUCGGGGAAGAGCCCGGGGGUGCCUCCCUCUCCCACCCCCGCGAGGGAUCGCUGCCUUCGCCCGGCAGCCCCGGGUGCGGCCGCUCGCCCUCGCCGCUCGCAGGGGCGACGGAAGUGCCCGGCGUCACCGGCCCGGAGCAACGGCGCAACGGCCGGUCCGGGCCUGCAGCCUCGGCGGCCCGGGCGGGGCGGGAGCGGCCGCCGGACACAGCUGCUUCCACGCGCGGCCCAGCCACCGGACCUCUCCCCGCUGCGUGCUGCUGUCACCACUCUCAGCUGCAGCUUCCGCAGCCUCCGGGCCGAUCCCAGUCCGGAGAAGAGUUAGGUAAAGCGGGCUAUAAAGAAGCGGGCCUCUCGGUGUGGGCCUGUGAGAGCGUGGGGCGGGCCUGGGUCCCGCGUGACGUCCCACGUCUGGAGCCUGACAGUGGCCGCCAGCAGGGCAGAGGGAGCGCGCUGCUCAGGCUAGCCCAAGGGCAUUCUAAGUACACACCCCUGCCCCUCCCCCUCCCCCGUAUCUCGAGUGGAUCUUGUAAAAAAAAAAAAAAAAAAUACAGACCUCAGUCGUCACUUCAGGAUGCCAUUUCGGUGGAUCUGGGAAGAGGCCCAGAAACCUGCGUUUCUGGGCCUGACUGCUUGCUUCUUCCACGAUUUUAGUGCCGAGUUGGAGUGGGCACACACUGCCUGCCAGCUGGAAACAGGAGUUACUUAGUCCAGUCCCCUUGUGACACGUCCUAACUUUGCACAAGGUUAGCGUUCCCCUUCGCCAAAGACAAGUAAGCGUCGGAAGGAAGGGAGUUUUAAAAAAAAAUAUUCCCGACAAAACUCCUAGUUCAUGCAAAACAUGAAAAAUUCAGAAUCGUCGGGAAAGGUCCAGGAAAGAGUACACAUCCUUGUUAUUCCUGUAUCUGAGACUUGAAAGUCUCUCCAGAGCCAGUAGUAAUAAUAAUGGCCACUUGAGCGGGGCGGUGGUGGCGCACGCCUUUAAUCCCAGCACUCGGGAGGCAGAGCCAGGCGGAUCUCUGUGAGUUCGAGGCCAGCCUGGGCUACCAAGUGAGUUCCAGGAAAGGCGCAAAGCUACACAGAGAAACCCUGUCUCGAAAAAACAUGACAAAUGAUAAUAAAAAUAAUAAUAAUAAUAGUUACUAGAAAAUGUUUUCCGGUUUGUUUUUUUGUCUUGUUUUGUUUUUAAUGCAGAAGUUAGCCCUUUCUGUACCUUUGGUCCAUCUGGAAUAUCUUUUGUAAUGGAAGUUCUGCCCCAGACUUGCUGGUGAUGAGCCCACUGUCUCUUCCAUAAAAAUUUGAAAUGCCCACCUUCAUGAUGGUCUAAAUUCCUGUAUAUGUAGUAACUAGUAUUUUAAGGUGUGUUACUUUUAUGUUGAACUCUGUGAAGCUGUGUUACUGUGUAAAACACUUGAUGGUCUAAUAAAGAACUGCCCAAUAAAGCACUAGCAAGGCAGGAGAAAGGAUAGGCGGGGCUGGCAGGCUGAGAGGAUAUACAGGAGGAGAAAUCUGGGAAGAGGGGUUGGAGAGCUAAGAUCUAGCAGCCAGAGGACAACAACGACUCCAGGGGCCAGCCACCCAGCUACACAGCAAGCCGAGGUUUACAGUUAGAGAAAAGGAAAAGCCCAGAGGUAAAAGGAAGUCGGGAUAAUUUUAAGUUAAGGAAAGCUGGCUAGAAACUAAGCCAAGCUAAGGCCGAGCAUUCCUAAGUAAUAAUAAGCCUCCAUGUGUGAUUUAUUUGGGAGCUGGGUGGUGAGCCCCCCCAAAAGAGUAAAAAACCACCAACAGCAUAUAUACACUUUGGUUUCUGGAUUUUCUAGUUUGCUGCAUUGGUCUGAAAUUUUUAUGUGCUACUUUACAGUCUGGUAAGGUCAGGUGUUUGUUAUUUUUUAAGAUUUCCCCUUCAUAAUCAUGAAUUAUUCAUUAAUAUAAUAAUAAAGUAGCAUGGCCAAGGCUACAAUGCUGUGAUUUAUAAAUUAUAAACAGUUUCCACGUGUUUGAUAGCAUGUGACCUGUGGGGAAACUGAGGAAACUGGCAUACUCAUACAUUACUGGGGAGACUGUAAUGAGUAGUCUGUAGUUGGGACGUUAGAAAUCUUUUUGUUUCUGUGACAAAAUAAGAUACAUUUAUUUUGAGUCAAGGAUUUUGAAAGGGAACUACCAACUUCUCCAAGGAAACAAAAGGCAAAUUCUGGUCCCUUAACUUUGUGUUCCUUACAGGUAUGCUCCCGACAGAUUCUUCAUAAAACACUGGUUAAGCUACAAGGCCAGAAUGUUUACAGAGUUCCUUAUGACCUCACCAGUUGAGAACUAGUGGGGAUUGAGGAGGUUACACCUGAGGAAAAGCUGUUACUAAGGGAAAAUCUUUAUCCCCGAGACUUCUUCAGUAAGCCUCCAGAUCACUUCGGCUGUCAGUCACUGCAUUCACUCCUAGUUGACAUACUUUGGGAAUCACACAGCUGAGCAGUAUAUAUUAACUACCUGCCAGCUUAUGAGAAGUAACACCUCUGACAUGUGGGUUAUGGUAACAAUUGCCUGGGUUACUUUGCAGAAACUUGAACUUUUGCUAAGACAGAUUCUUCACUGGAGGCUACAAAUACCUGAUGGAUAAACAUGGUAAAAAGCUUGGCAUCUGUCUUCCUACAGUGCCCAUUUUGCUGUCUUAAUUCCUGGGUCAGCUCUAUAUAUAGAUAAAUGUUCAUCAUUUGAAAAAAAUGUUUUAUCCAAGACUAGUAUCACUUGACCUGUUGCCUUCACCCCACCCUUGUGCUUUCUAGGCAGUUUAUGUACCUACAGUCUCUAUAAACCAUGAGCCCAGAAUGUUUUAUGAGAAACUCAGCAUUUUCUGAGCAAAGCUGACUGCUCAUUAGCCCAC